AUGUGUGGGCGACAGGACUGUCAAUUCAAGACCCUGCUCGCGGUUUUGGUUCUGGCUUCCGCCGCGGGCAAAACGCACGGGCAAGGGCCAAAUGAAAGCAGAGAUGUCAAUACCAGAGCUCCAGACAGUGACGUCUUCACACACUCACCAACACAGGACACAGAGAGCGAAGUUCACUUGGUUACCACCGCCUCACCCAUGAACAUCCCCAACCACCGGCCCGUCCUCAAGGGAAUGCUGUUUCACGAGCACCAGCUUACAAGGGACUUCCAGGGGGACCAACAUUUCUUCAUGAGGGACGGCUCUGUGGCUGGGUAUCCCACCAUGCCAGGCUCCAUGUCCGCCUUGGACGCGGGAGACGCUGCCACUCAAGUGGUGCCCCACGAGGACGCCCCUCCCUUCUCGGACAUCGCCAGCACUGCCACUCAGGCCGCCACGUCCUCAAUGACCACAUUCACUCCCACGCCGCCAAGGCCGCCCCUGUCUCUCCCUAAGGAGAAGCCCAGCGGGGUAAACAUGGCACAGCCGACAACAGACUACCUCACCACUCAAGUGACACCGAGUAACCGAGGUUCAGGCGGGGACAACCACCCAGUUGUUGAACCCUUGUCAACGAAGAUGGAGAAAGACGAAGCAAGGGAGACCCCACUAAAACACAAAAGCAGCUCUGAUCGUCCUCUAACCAAGCUAACUGAGGUGACCCGGGUAGAGGCUUCCACCACAAUGUCCACAACCAUCAUCACAACCACCACCAUCACACAAACAUCAGAGCCGUGCAGUCUGAAUUUCACAGAACCUGAGGGGAACAUCGAAAUCCUGCAGCAACUUGACUCUCGAAUGGAGUGCAACUAUUUGAUCACUGUUUACCUGGGAUACGGCAUCGAGGUCCAGGUGCUAAAUGUGAGUGUGCUGGAGGGCGAGCGGGUGACAGUGGAAGACACCGGUGGCCGGGAACCCUUCAUCCUCGCCAACGAGACGGUCCUGAUGAGGGGUCUCGUCCUGCGCAGCUGGAGCAACCAGAUCUCCCUCCGAUUCCGGAGCGACCAGCAACACAACUCUGGAUUUCUGCUGCUGCAUUACCAAGCUUAUGUGCUGAGCUGUGCAUUUCCCAAAGAGCCAGCUGGCGGGGAAGUUUCCGUGACACACCUCCAUGCCGGAGGAGAGGCCUACUUCCGCUGUCUCACCGGCUACAAGCUGCAAGGCCCCAAAAUGCUGACCUGCCGCAACGCAACGACACCUUACUGGAGUGGGAAGGAGCCCCAGUGUGUUGCAUCCUGUGGGGGGAUGAUAAAAAAUGCUACCUAUGGUCGUAUCGUCAGCCCUGGUUUCCCUGGCAACUACAGCAACAACCUGACAUGCCACUGGGUCCUGGAGGUCCCCGAAGGCCACCGGCUUCACAUUCACUUUGAGAAGGUGGCUCUGGCAGAGGAUGAUGACAGGCUGCUGAUUAAGAAUGGCAACAACAUCGACUCCCCCCCUGUGUACGACUCCUACGAGGUGGAGUAUUUGCCCAAUGAGGGUGUGCUCAGCACCGGACGCUACCUGUUCAUAGAGUUCACCACAGACGGGACAGUAACAUCCACUGGUGCAGCCAUCAGAUAUGAAGCUUUUGCCAUAGGCAUGUGCUACGAGCCCUUUGUGAAAUACGGCAACUUCAGCAGCAGCGACUCCACUUACGGCGUGGCUGCAGUGGUGGAAUUCUCGUGUGACCCCGGCUACACGCUGGAGCAAGGCUCCGUCGUGAUCGAGUGUGUGGACGCACAAAACCCUCAGUGGAAUGAAACGGAGCCCGCCUGCAGGGCUGUGUGCAGCGGCGAGAUCACCGACUCCGCCGGCGUGGUUUUGUCUCCCAAUUGGCCCGAGGCCUACGACAAGGGGCAGGACUGCAUCUGGGGCAUCCAUGUGGAAGAGGACAAGAGGAUCAUGCUUGACAUCCAAGUUCUCCACGUGGGUAAGAACGACCUGCUGACUUUCUACGAUGGCGAUGACCUCACAGCCAACAUCCUCGGUCAGUACAGCGGCACGCGGUCGCACUUCAAGCUCUACACGUCUAUGGCCGACGUCACCAUCCAGUUUCAGUCAGAUCCCGCCACCAACAUAUACGGCUACAACAAUGGCUUUGUGGUCCACUUCUUUGAGGUGGCGAGGAACGACACAUGUUCGGAGCUGCCGGAGGUCACCAACGGCUGGAAGAGCACGUCCCACCCCGAUCUGAUCCACGGCACUGUCAUCACCUACCAGUGCUAUCCUGGUUUUGAGCUGGUCGGCUCGGAGAUCCUAAUGUGCCAGUGGGAUCUCACCUGGAGCGGUGAUGUGCCGAGGUGUGAGGAAGUUAUGACGUGUCGGGACCCUGGAAAUGUGGAGCACAGUCGUAAAGUGGUCUCAGGCAGUCGUUUGAUCGUUGGGUCCACGGUACAGUUUAUCUGUAACAAAGGCUACGUCCUGUCCGGCAACAGCCUCCUCACCUGCUACAACCGGGACACAGCCGCACCCAAGUGGAGCGAGAGGCUGCCCAAGUGUGUUCCUGAGAAGUACGAGCCGUGCAGGAACCCCGGCGCUGCCUCCACCAGUGUGCAGAGCUCUGAAAAGGCCUUUUACCAGGCAGGGGAAACGUUGACCUUCUCCUGCCACUCUGGCUACGAGCUGCAGGGUGAGGCCUCCGUCUACUGCAUCCCCGGACACCCGUCCCAGUGGAACAGCACCCCCCCUGCCUGCAGAGCAUCUGCAACCCAGUAUGAGAAUGAACGCAAGCUGGAUGUUGUUAAUAAGGACUAUGCCAUGGAAGGAACCAACAUCGCCCUUGCUGUAUUUAUUCCAACAGCCAUCAUCUUGGUGGCUGUCCUCGGGAUUUACGUCUACUUUGCAAAACUGCAGGGGAAGUCGAUCAGAAUGCCAACGUCCUCUCCACCGUACGACAACAUGACGGAAGAGUCAGCUUUCGACAACCCGUUAUACGAGAGUGGAGUAAGUACAGACGUCAUGAGCAUGCAGGACGUGGAUUCACACAACACCAGUGUGCUGUCCUGA